UCUCACCCUUCCGAGCGAGUCGCCCCUAGAAUCAAUAGGCAUCUUUCUUCCCGCCGGCCAUGGCCGCCGCCCCCGCCACUGCUCCCCCCAGCCCCAAGCUCCCACUCAAACUUCUGAUCGACAAGGAGCGCAACCGAGUAGUCUUCGCCGAGGCUGACAAGGGCUUCGUAGACAUCCUCUUCAGUUUCCUCACUCUACCCAUGGGCUCCAUCAUCCGCCUCCUCGGUAAAAAAACUGGCGUCGGAUCCAUGGAUCGUCUCUACGAGAGCGUCGCUAAGUUCGAUGAACGCUGCUUUCAGACCCCCGCAUGCCGAUCGAUGCUUCUCAACCCGAGAAGCGCGGCAGAAAUUCGCUGCAAAGGACUAGCGCUCGAGCUAGAUGAGGAGUCGGAGCCAUGGAUCUACUAUCGCUGCCUGUCUUCGAGGUGUGGCUGCGCAGUGAGCUCAGUGUUUGGAGCACGGUGUCCCUGUGGCGGAACAACGGAAGCACCGAUUCUGGCGUUGGGAUGGCAAGGAUGCGAGGAGUCGGAGAAGGGGUUUGUGAGAGAGGCCGUCAAUUUUAUUGUCAGCGAUAAUCUGGUGGUACGGCCUGCUUCAAUUGGGGCUAGCUUGGCUCUGAUCAACGAUCUUGGGGUCGAUGAUGGUAAUGUUCUUGAGAAGAAGACUGUGCAUUUGAGCAGAGAGGAGAUUUUGAAUUUGCUCAAGAGAGCGCUUGUCUCAAAGAUCCCUCUAACAGACGUCUUCCUCCAAGAACUACACACAACAGAUUCUGCCGAGAAAUUGCCGACAAAAAACAUCAUCCAAGCAAAUGAAAAGCUCAAAACAAGCCGCGACAACAACAAGAAAAUCAAUCUGAAGCUUUUCCUAAGCAAAGAUACUGACAAGGUGGUGUAUGCCGAAGCAGGCAAAGAGCUAGUUGACCUUCUAUUCAGCUUCCUCACUCUUCCGCUUGGUUCAAUCAUAAAGCUUCUGGGAAUGCAUUCAUCUUUGGGGUGCAUCGACAACCUAUAUGAAAGCAUCGAGCUUUUGAGUUCGCCCGACUACAUAAUCUCAAAUGAGUGCAAGGAGAUGCUUUCAUCUCCCAAACUGGCUCCUUUCUUUGGCUUGGAGAAGCAGCUGCUGCAGGUUGAAGAAGAUUUCCCUCAGACUAUCAAGUCCUGUGCCUGCAAAACCUGCUUUUCAUUUUCAUCGGCGACCCGAUGCCUUCACGGACACAAUGUAUCGUUCUGCAAUCUUAUGAACCCUAAGUUGCAGAACUCUGGUCAAGAAGUAGGUGGAGGAUAUGUGAGAGGAAUGGGAUGGUAUCUGAUAACAGAUGAGAUGGAGGUGAGCCCGCUUUCGCCGAUCACCAGCGUACACAUUAUCAACAAGUUGAUGGUGCCUAUCAGCGGUUUAGAGGAAGUUACAGCCAGCCUAGGAGAAGCAGAGGCUUUGGAUUUGUUAAGGGCUUGUUUGAUCUCAGAUGAGGUGCUCAGUGACGUAUUCUCUCCCUAUUUAUUAAAGCUGCUUCAGCAGAAUUGGUUGGGCUGCUUUCCUUGCAAAUCAUACAAGUAAGUGUAUUUAUGAAUAAACACCCCAUAAUUCUUAUCUGCUUACCUAUUUACCCGCAGGUGCUGUAUUUUGUAAAAUAUAUUUGUUUGGUAAUUUGUAUAAUGUCUAUAUGGCUAUAAAAAUUUUUACUUGUUACCUGUCUACUAUUAUUAAAACUUCAUAUGAA